AUGAUCCGCCAGAAGUCCAGCUAAUUCCUGGGACUCAGAAUGCAGUCAGAGCUGGAAGAGCCCUCCGAAGUGCGGCGGGAACCCGACAAGGACCUCAGCUCAGUGGAUGAAUCGGCUACGCGGAUGGGAACAAUUGUGCGGACCGAGUCAGGGACUGCGGCCUCGCUGGAAGCGGAUCAUGAUCCUGCAGCCAACUUGUUCCCGCCGCCACUGCCCCAACCCCGGAUCUGCAUGUGGAAGUACCUGGACAUCCAUUCCAUGAACAGGCUGGAGAAGACGGCCAAUGUUGAGGAGAUGAGGGAUGUGCUGGCCCAAUUAUUGAGGCUAGGGGCUCCUGAGCAGAGCCUGCGGGAUGCCAUCACCCUGGACCUCUUCUCCCAUGCACUUAUUUUCUGCCGCCAGCAGGGCUUCUCACUGGAGCAGACAUCAACAGCUUGUGCCCUGCUCCAAGAUCUUCACAAGGCCUGUGUUGCAACCCCCUUGGGCAACGUGGAGGAAUGUUACCGCUACUUUACCAGUGUUCUUUUCUGCCAUGGAGUCAGGCGGCCUCCCUUCAGUAUCGACCUCUUUAAGGAGGAACAGCUGCUGGCCCUGGUAGAUUAUGUGGUCAACACCUACUUUCGCCACUUCAAGCUCUACAAAUAUGUCUUUACACCCCAGGUACGGCUGGAUCUAUCUUUGACUUACUUGGGGCUAGAGCCACCCAAGCUCCAGCCAGAGGAUGAGAUGGAGAAAGAAGGUGGUGAGGAAGUGGAGGAGCAGGCAGUCACCCCACAGGAGGAAGAACCCAAAACAGUGUUCCAGGAAGAGCCAAGCCAGGUCUCCGCCCUCCGAGCCUACAUCAAAACCCAGCUGAACAAGGAGUUGGGACAGCUCCAAAAGCUGGUGGAGGAACGGCUCAAGGCCAGCGAGGAAAGGCUCAGCAGCAAGCUGACCACACUGGAGCAGCCUUUCCAGCUACCUGCAAGCAAAGGCAAGAACAAGACCAAGUGAUCCCCAGUGUUUUCCC